AUGGGUGUUCGAGUUGAGAUCCCCUCCACACUGGACGCCUUUCAAGAGUCUGAGAGGCGAGGCGAUAACAAUGAUCCCGGCGGUGACAGAGACUUAAAUAACUCCAGCGACUGCAGCGACGACGAUGAUCAUGUCACUAGGCAGUUGCGGAAGCGGCGGAAACUCUCAGCACAGUCCUCCUCCAUGUCCACUGAAGCCACGGGAUCCGAUGAAGUACUGCAAAAUCUGACCGGUGAUUCCCACGGUGUACCAGCUGUCCCACAAGAUAAUACGGUGACGAGCCGCUCAAGUGAUGAUAUACCAGUCUCCGGCUUUCUUUCAAGCUACCUGAGCAGGUCCAGGUCCCCAUCGCAACCUGUAUACGUGUGCCCUUCGGAGGGUAACGCGCUGCUGAAGAAACUCAAGCAGGGCGGUGUGCCAUGGGAUGAGAUCGCCAAGCGCCCCUGGACAUAUCCAAGCCGACUCUCCAGGUGCGUGGCUGCAGGCAUUCAGCGGACAGCUAUCAGCAGGGGUCCUGGAAGGAGAACUGGGUCCCCAGGCCAGAACACUGUAGAUGGUGUUUAG